CCUUAGAAAUUUUCAUGUUACAGAUCGUGUAGCGUUCUGACAGUCGAGUAGGAGAAGAUAGAAACUUUCUACUGUUGGGGGGGAGGCCAAGCACAGCUGUGUUGACCAAAAGCUCCCAGACUGUGAUUCAACAGAGAAGGAUCUGGCACACACUUGUUCUAGGAGGCACCAUAGACAACCGAGGGGAGAGAAGGUGUGAAAGAGGACAACAUCCAUAUCACUCGAAGGAGUGCCAGAGGAAACUGAAAGAAGAUGGAGGCCAAGACUUGGGGCUUGAGUGCCACCAAUGCUUCUUCCACCUUCAACUUCACUCUACCACCCGAUUUCGGCAAGCGUCCCACUGAUCUGGCUCUGAGUAUCAUCUUAGUUAUCAUGCUCUUCAUUGUCAUGACCUCUCUGGGCUGUACUUUGGAGUUCAGCAAGAUAAAGGCUCACUUCUGGAAGCCUAAGGGGAUUGUCAUCGCUUUGGUCUCUCAGUAUGGAGUGAUGCCACUCACAGCCUUCGCUCUGGGCAAGAUUUUCCAGUUGAACAAUAUUGAGGCCCUAGCCAUCUUGAUAUGUGGCUGCUCCCCAGGUGGGAACCUGUCCAACAUCUUCAGUCUGGCGUUAAAGGGAGACAUGAACCUGAGCAUUGUGAUGACCACCUGUUCCACUUUCUUUGCCUUGGGCCUGAUGCCUCUUCUCCUGUUUAUCUACUCCAAGGGAAUCUAUGAAGGGGAUCUCAAGACCAAGGUGCCCUAUGGGCAUAUUGCCAUCGCACUGGUUUUCAUACUUAUCCCUUGCACUAUAGGGAUCAUCAUCAAUUCUAAGAGGCCACAGUAUGGACGCUACAUUGUUAAGGGCGGAAUGAUCAUAAUGCUUCUUUUAUCAGUGGCUGUUGCUACCCUUACUGCCAUAAAUGUUGGCCGAAGCAUCAUGUUUGUCAUGACAUUUCCUCUUCUGGCUACCUCUGCUCUCAUGCCUUUUAUUGGCUUCACCCUCGGUUAUAUUCUCUCCACCAUCUUUCGCCUCAAUGGACGGUGCAGACGCACUGUUAGCAUGGAGACUGGAUGCCAGAAUGUUCAGCUAUGCUCCACCAUCCUCAAUAUGGCCUUUCCUCCAGAAGUGAUUGGACCUCUCUUCUUUUUUCCUCUCCUCUACAUGAUUUUCCAGCUUGGGGAAGGGCUUCUCCUUAUUGCCAUAUUUAAAUGCUACAUUAAAAUCAGGACUCCCAAGGAUAAAACAAAAAUGAUCUACACAGCUGUGAGUGACACCGCCAAAGAAGAAGGAGCAAAAACUCUGGGCAAUGGUACAAGUGUAGCCUAGACUUAGUCUAGACCUUAUCUACAUUGUGCCAUUCCAAGUGCCAGCAGCAAGGCUUGAAAUACACAGCAGAAAGAACAGUAUUAUUUGAAUUACAGAGGCAAACUCUCCUGGCCCCUUUAAGCCAUCACAGCAGUAACCAGCAAAGUGAUCAUUGUACUGCCCCUAGAUGUUACAUAUGGACAUCUGAGCAACUUAUAGCUAACACCAACCUGGAACUUUUUUCCUGGCCACACAAAAAGAAAGCCAGACUAAUGGAAUUUGGUGAAUAUGUUCAGUAAGAUAGAAAGGGCUUAGUCUUAAGUGUUCAUUAGAAAUAAUUGUACCUAUACUCUCAUUUUAGCGUAGUUUCUGUUCUCUUCCUUUCCUUUCUCUCAAAACUCAUAAACAGACAUAAUUUUGAUAGUUGCUGGUUCCUUUUAAACAUUUCAAUAAAAAAAAUUGGAUAUACUUUAUUUUGACACAAUAGACACAUUCCAAAGACAUUCCCCUCAAGUAACACCCCAAAAGCAGAUUGUAACUGAUAGCAAAGUCACUUUCCAUUUUAGCAGCUCACUGCCAAAUUUUUUUUAUAUUUGACCUGAGUUUCGUUGCCUUUUGGUUUUGUCAUUAUUUACAUUAUUGUAGCCACUGUUCAACAUUUGAAUUCACUUUCAUAACUAACUCUAAAAAUCAACUCUAAGGCACAUUUGAAUAUUCUUAUGACAAGAGAGAAAAAGUCAUUUUGGAUACUUUCCUAAGUUAGUCACUUUUAACACCAGCAUCUGGAGGAUGUUCAUAAUAAAGAGAAAUGUUAAUGUGCA